AUGGCCGGUGGCGCUCUCCAGGCGGCCCUCGCCGCCGCGCUACUGCUCGCCGGCUGCGGAGGACGCUGCACCGCAGGCGUCGGCGUCCACGACCGCGGCGCCGGCGGCGCGCCCCCGCCCUCCUCCGCCGCGCUGGACGGGGACGACCAGCGGCAGCUGAAGCUGGACGCCGUGCGGCACCAGAUCCUCUCCAAGCUGAGCCUGCGCGAGCGGCCGCCCCAGCACCGGGAGUCCGCGCCGCCGCUGGCCCGCGAACUGGCCCUGGAGGCACUGCGCAGGGUGCACCUGCUGCCCGAACCGCGCGCGCUCGAGGACCAAGGGGCGCCGGACGCGAGGCAGGAGGACGACUACUACGGACGCACGGCCGAGAUCAUCGCCUUCGCCGAACCCGGUGAGCGUUUUUCGCUAUCACCCCCGGCGUCCACCGUCUCCGCAUCGUUCAUUUCUCUUCCGGGACGCCGUUUCCUUCCGGAAAGAAAAAAAAAAAGGAGAAAGAACUUUCUUACCGGGCGUUCUCCUUUCGACUCGCUCUUCUCCCGCCACUUCUCCAAUUUUCCCGGUCGCUCGUACGCGAAAGGUGUCCGCACCGCAUCUGCCUCGCUACCGAAGAGUGGUCCUGUGGCCUGUAUGAUAGCGAGUGGGCGAGGGGAAGGGCUUGCACAGUCUGCGUAA